AAUGGAAGGAAAGCUUCUUAUUAGUACUUGUCUUCUACUUAUACCUUCUUCGGUUUCUACAGCCGAUUGGACACUAUCACUUCGUCUUGUUAGUUACUAUAAAGACUACAGCAUUGUUCCUGAUACCACAGGAACGGAGUAUUGCUGUUGUAUAUGUGUCAACCAAUCAUGCUGUCAGGAAAAAGCAAAUUGUGUCAAUCCUACUUGCGUCAAUAAUAAAAUUUAUGAUUGCCCAUUUUCUCUUUCUUUCUGUGCGAUACAAGGAAGCAGUUCAGUUUGCAGAGACACUUCAUUCUUUAACAUUCUUAAUUCAACGACUUUUGGAGGAACUGUUGGUGAUCUGACAAAUCCAAUUCACCUAAUAAUGCCAGGAAACUUAGGCGCCAAAAAUAUUGUCCUUACUGUGUCUAUCAUUCACAAUAAUAAUGGAACAAAUGUGACAGUGGGGAAUUUUUCAAAUUCAAUUCCUCCACUGCCAAAUGACUCUUUUUCUGUAAAUACAACACAAACAACUAGCGAUGACCAGUAUUUGUCUGCAAGUAUAAUGUAUGAAUACAGAUUGUUGAAUUGCUCUGCUUAUGACUGCCUUACUCUGGAGACUGCUGCUAGCUCCAUUCCUGCUACAAGUGCUAGCAUUAUUACUGGUACUCCCAUUCCAAUUAGUGCUAGUAGUACUAAUGGAGGUACUACUACCGUUUCUAUUACCAGUGUCAGUGCUAGUGGAGGUAUGACUACUAGUGUGAGUAAUACUAAUGGCGGUAGUAGUACUAUCACUAGUGUUAGGGCUAGUAGUACUAUCACUAGUGUUAGGGCUAGUAGUACUAAUGGAGGCAGUGUUCCUGCUAGUGUUCAACCCACUACCUGUUCUACUGGCUCUCCUACACCUACAUGUACUAACAGUAAUAGUGGUGGUCAAAUACAAAGUUCAAAAUGGAUACUAUUACUGAUCACACUGAUGAUGAUGAGUGCUGCUGUAGUGUAUCAAUGAAGAUUAUUCCUAACUGUGUGCCAAGCUUUGAAUAAUUACACCAUAAAAAGUAAAAACAUUCCUUUAUCUUAUAGAUGAGUGCACAUAGCUAUUUUUGUAAACUAAUGUUUCACUAAUAAAUUGUUUUAUAAAUCUCUUAAUAGCAUAAUAUCAAAAUGA